AUGGCGGCGCAGAGGAGGAGCUUGCUGCAGAGUGAGCAGCAGCCCAGCUGGACGGACGACCUGCCGCUCUGCCACCUCUCAGGGGUCGGCUCAGCUUCCAACCGCAGCUACUCCGCUGACGGCAAGGGCACCGAAAGCCAUCCGCCAGAGGACAACUGGCUCAAGUUCAGGAGUGAGAACAACUGCUUCCUGUAUGGGGUCUUCAACGGCUACGAUGGCAACCGGGUGACCAACUUCGUGGCCCAGCGGCUGUCGGCAGAGCUCCUGCUGGGCCAGCUCAACGCUGAGCACACCGAGGCCGAUGUGCGGCGGGUGCUGCUGCAGGCUUUUGAUGUGGUGGAGAGGAGCUUCCUGGAGUCCAUCGAUGAUGCGUUGGCUGAGAAGGCGAGCCUCCAGUCCCAGCUGCCCGAGGGUGUCCCUCAGCACCAGCUGCCUCCUCAGUAUCAGAAGAUCCUCGAAAGACUCAAGGCCUUGGAGAAGGAGGUCUCGGGGGGAGCCAUGGCCGUCGUGGCAGUUCUUCUCAACAACAGGCUCUAUGUGGCCAAUGUCGGUACAAACCGUGCACUUCUAUGCAAAUCCACGGUGGAUGGUCUGCAGGUGACACAGCUGAACGUGGACCACACCACAGAAAAUGAGGACGAGCUUUUCCGGCUCUCGCAGCUGGGUUUGGAUGCAGGAAAGAUCAAGCAAGUGGGGGUCAUCUGUGGGCAGGAGAGCACCAGGCGUAUCGGGGAUUACAAGGUCAAGUACGGGUACACUGACAGCGACCUUCUCAGCGCUGCCAAGUCCAAGCCGAUCAUCGCGGAGCCUGAAAUCCACGGUGCACAACCCCUGGAUGGCGUGACGGGCUUCCUGGUGCUGAUGUCUGAGGGGCUGUACAAGGCCCUGGAGGCAGCCCACGGGCCUGGGCAGGCCAACCAGGAGAUCGCUGCUAUGAUUGACACGGAGUUCGCCAAGCAGACUUCACUCGAUGCGGUGGCCCAGGCCGUGGUGGACCGGGUGAAGCGGAUCCACAGUGACACCUUCGCCAGUGGCGGGGAGCGUGCCAAGUUCUGUCCAAGGCAUGAGGACAUGACCCUGCUGGUGCGGAACUUUGGCUACCCACUGGGCGAGAUGAGCCAGUCCGCACCCUCCCCAGCCCCAGCCGCCGGAGGACGCGUGUAUCCCGUGUCCGUGCCUUACUCAAGCGCCCAGAGCACCAGCAAGACCAGCGUGACCCUGUCCCUCGUCAUGCCCUCCCAGGGCCAGCUGGUCAACGGGGCCCACAGCGCCUCCACCCUGGACGAGGCCACUCCCACCCUCACCAACCAGAGCCCGACCCUGACCCUGCAGUCCACCAACACGCACACCCAGAGCAGCAGCUCCAGCUCGGACGGGGGCCUCUUCCGCUCCCGGCCCGCCCACUCCCUCCCACCCGGCGAGGAUGGCCGCGUGGAGCCCUAUGUGGACUUUGCCGAGUUCUACCGCCUCUGGAGCGUGGACCAUGGCGAGCAGAGUGUGGUGACAGCGCCGUAG